AUGAAAGAUUUCACAGGAGGAAACAAUAGAGGAAACGGCGCAAGAGGAGGUGCCCCAAGAGGAGGUGCUCCAAGAGGAGGUGCUCCAAGAGGAGGCGCUCCAAGAGGUGGUGGCCGUGGAGGAAAAGGAGGAAUGGGAAGAGGAGCAAAGACAAUUAUAGUUAAACAUAGAUUACCUGGAGUAUUUGUAUGCAAAGGUGUAUAGGAAGCUUUAGUAACUAGAAAUUUUUAUCCAGGAGAAUCCGUAUAUAAUGAAAAGCGUGUAUCAGUAGAAGAAAAUAGUGAGAAAAUAGAAUAUAGAGUAUGGAAUCCUUAUAGGUCUAAAAUUGCUGCUGCAAUAGUAGGAGGUAUAAAAGACACUUUUAUUAGACCAGGAUCAAAAGUUUUAUAUUUAGGUGCUGCUUCUGGUACUACAGUAUCACAUGUAUCUGAUAUAGUCGGACCUACUGGAACUGUAUAUGCAGUUGAAUUUUCACAUAGAAGUGGAAGAGAUUUAGUUAAUAUGGCAAAAAAAGAAAUAAUGUAGUCCCUAUUAUUGGUGAUGCUAGAAAACCUUUGGAAUAUAGAUUUUUAGUUGAUAUGGUCGAUGUUGUUUUUGCCGAUGUAGCAUAACCUGAUCAAGCUAGAAUUAUAGGUAUGAACUGUUAAUACUUUUUAAAAAAUGGAGGACAUUUCCUUAUUUCAAUUAAAGCUUGUUGUAUUGAUAGUACUAAUGAACCUGCUGUUGUUUUUGAUGCUGAAGUUUAAAAAUUAAAAGAAGAGGGACUUAAACCUGAAUAAUAAUUGACUUUAGAACCUUAUGAAAGAGAUCAUGCUAUGGUUUUGGGUAGUUUUAGAGCCUCUUAAUGAUUUUUUAUUAUAAUAUAUUUUUUUUUUUUGUGGGAUUAUAUAUUAUCUAUCAUAUAUUCAUAUAAUUAAAGUUU